AUGGUUACCCUUGAAGAUAACCCAAGUGCGAACACUUGGUGCCACGACUCUGCUGCGCCCCAAUGCUUUGCUCUGAUAGAAUCGUGGAUUAAGAGAUGCGAAAGCGACCACCCUGAAUGCAAAGGCAUGCGUGAAAAUUCUUUGGUCAACCCUAAAAGGCUUUUACAGAUAUCCAGUACGCUGGAAGAGUCGUGUGUCCACUUGGUUCAAGUCGAGAAAUCCGAUUCACCUAGAUAUACAGCGCUAAGCCAUUGUUGGGGAAACACUCUUGGCUUUAAAACAACCAGACAGAAUCUUGAGGCACACACAACUGAAGGUAUCAUGAUUUCGAAACUUCCGCGAACCUAUCAACAUGCAAUUGAUAUAUCUAAGAGAAUUGGCUGUCAGUAUGUCUGGAUCGAUUCUAUCUGCAUCGUUCAGGAUAGCAAGGAGGAGUGGGAGUUAGCUUGUGAGACCAUGGGGCAUAUUUACGGUAACGCACAUGUUGUGAUCGGAGCUACACAUGCGCCAAAUGACAGUGCCGGUAUAUAUACGGAUAGGAAGAAUAAGGUGGCCUAUCUUGAAAACCGUGGGAAACGAGUUCCUAUUCUUGUGAGGGAGAAAAUAAGGCAUGAUGUUUGGCAAAACGAUGAACCCUCGUGGCAGGCUUGGAACGACCAGAGUAUGCCACUCUUUGGCCGUGCUUGGGCUUUUCAAGAACGCCUUCUCGCUAGAAGAAUAAUACAUUACACCCAAGAGGAGAUAGUCUGGGAAUGCAUAUCCGACUCCUGGUGCGAAUGCGGGAGACUGGGCACUGAUCGAUAUCCAAGAGAAAGAUUUCCUCAAUUGAACAAUUUCAAAACGAGAUACGCCCAGGUCAUAAAGUAUGGCAGUGAUAUGGAUCGUUUUGGGUUAUGGCUUUCGGUGAUCGAUCAAUACCAAGCACGAGGAAUCACACACCCUAAAGAUCGCCUCCCUGCACUUGAAGCUAUCGCAGAGCAAGUUAACCGGGAUGACCUGAUGGGUUUAUAUGUUGCUGGUAUGUGGGUGGAUUGGCUAGUGGGCUCACUUUUGUGGCGGGCAGACGCAAAUAGCUCGAAGGUGGCCAAAAAGGACGAAAGUCACAAGAGGCCCAAUCCUUCUAGUGCUCCAACAUGGUCGUGGCUUUCCGUGGAGGGGCCUAUCAGCACCUGGGGGAGAAACUCUCAAUCGGAUAUCAAAUUGGUGAACAUCGAAUAUACGUUAGCCGGUGAUAAUAUAUAUGGGCCCUAUAACACAGCAAAGCUUGAACUUGAGGGCCAGAUGAUUGGAGUCAUGAUACAUGCUAUGGCCUCCCAGCUAUACAUCGUUCGGUCAUGCCAGAGUCCGGAGAAAGCACAUUUUCUACCUGACACCAACCCUUUCGAAAUAAAUCCAAACAAGCUCAUCGAGACGGAGUUUUACGCUUUGAAGCAUAGCAGAUCCCCGUCGGUAUUGUGGAAUUGUCUGAUCUUGACAGUAAGUGCCGGGGGAAAGGAGUUUCGGAGUGUUGGAAUAGCCGAGGUUGGCCUGGGUUGGUUCUCAGAUGUUUCACGGAAAAGAAUAACAAUAGUAUGA